AUGUGUGAGAAAGAUACUGAGAUAGUGAUGUAUGAGAAAAAUACUGAGACCAUGAUGUGUGAGAAAGAUACUGAGACAGUGAUGUGUGAAAAAGGUAGUGAGACAGUGAUGUGUAAAAAAGAUACUGAGACCGUGAUGUGUGGGAAAGAUAGUGAGACCGUGAUGUGUGAGAAAGAUGAUGAGACAGUGAUGUGUGAAAAAGAUACUGAGAUAGUGAUGUGUGAGAAAGAUAGUGAGACCGUGAUGUGUGAGAAAGAUGCUGAGACAGUGAUGUAUGAGAAAAAUACUGAGACCAUGAUGUGUGAGAAAGAUACUGAGACAGUGAUGUGUGAAAAAGGUAGUGAGACAGUGAUGAGUAAAAAAGAUACUGAGACAGUGAUGUGUGACAAAGAUACUGAGACCGUGAUGUGUGGGAAAGAUAGUGAGACCAUGAUAAAUACUGAGACGAUGUGUGAGAAAGAUACUGAGACAGUGAUGUGUGAGAAAGAUACUAAGAUAGUGAUGUGUGAGAAAAAUACUGAGACCAUGAUGUGUGAGAAAGAUACUGAGACCGUGAUGUGUGGGAAAGAUACUGAGACCGUGAUGUGUGGGAAAGAUACUGAGACAGUGAUGUAUGAGAAAGAUACUGAGUCAGUGAUGUGUGAAAAAGGUAGUGAGACAGUGAUGUGUGGGAAAGAUACUGAGACCGUGAUGUGUGGGAAAGAUACUGAGACAGUGAUGUGUUUGACCCGCAUGUUUGAAUAUGAGAUCACCCCCUUGAAGACAGUUGUGUCUGAGAAAGAUACCGAAACAGGGAUGUACAAAAAAGCUACUGAGACAGGGGUGUACAAGAAAGAUACUGAGAAAGUGGUGUACGAGAAACAGACCAAAACCGUGAUGUGCUGGAAACAGACUGAGACAGUGGUGUAUGAUAAUGAUACUGAGACAGUGGUGUGCGAGAAAGAUACCGAAACAGGGAUGUACAAAAAAGAUACUGAGACAGGGGUGUACGAGAAAGAUACUGAGACAGGGGUGUGCGAGAAAGAUACUGAGACAGGGAUGUACAAAAAAGAUACUGAGACAGGGGUGUACGAGAAAGAUACUGAGAGAGUGGUGUACGAGAAACAGACCAAAACCGUGAUGUGCUGGAAACAGACUGAGACAGUUGUGUGUGAGAAAGCUUCAAGAUACUGA